GCAUCUCAAGUGGCUGUCGGAGCUGUUGGCGCCUUCGGCAACGGCGCAAAGUGGCCUGGUCACAAACCACAUCGAUGAGCAGCGGAAGCAGGUCUGCGACAAGAAGCCCUUGCCAGCAGCGUGGCAGGCGUUGUCGAGACGGGACGGCCAG